AUGGUGCGACCCGGCAGGCAAGCGUUUCAUCUGCGCCGCGCCAGGGCAGGGACACCCAAGGGCCGUCUCACGAUCCUACGCGAGCGCGAGCUGCUCGGCCCCGCCGAGACGAUCCGUGGGCAGUGCAGGAAGACGCCCUGCACGACAGAAGAGCCGUACAAUUGCUGUGCGGUCAACUUGCUCGACCAUCAACCCGACUUUGCGGCUCAGAAGUCGAUGCUCGAGAAGGUCUUUGAAGAUAGCGGCCACUUAAUGGACCUCCUCCGCAAGUUCCAUCCCGAGUUCAACCCAAUCGAAAACUAUUGGGGAAGUGCCAAGGUCUACUGCUGUCAUCACUGCGACUACACGUUCAAGAGCCUCCGCGAAACGGUGUACGCAGCUGGACUUUCACCGCCUCUCGCAGAGUUCGCCGUCAAGAAGUACAAAUCUCACCGCUCCAUUCCAUCGGAGAAUCUCACGGAACGCAUGGAGGUCGAAUUUGCAGCUAAAAAACGCUAG